CGAGUGAUGACCAAUGUUAAUUGUACUUGUAGUUCUACUUACUUUCUACUUGCAUUGCAGCAAGAACAGUAAGUGCUGCCAAGCCUGAACUUGAUUCAGUUAUGUGAAUGAUAUUUACAGCCGGCGACCGCUGUCAGCGACCGCUUGUACAAUAAGUCCAGCAGGUCGUGUAUCUUGAAGAGAAAUAUUAUGCAAACAUCGCAACUAUAAACUGUGAAUGUUGCUCUGAAUAAUUCUUACUGGAAGAUCUCUCAUAUACUGAACUUCAGCGAAACAUAUAUCCAUAUGGUUAGCAAUUCCCAUUUCACUGAUGUGAUAUAGAUUUAAAAAUCUACAUCGCCAACAUCCAUCGUGAAAACCUUGUUGAACUGUUGGGAUUUUUGGAACUGUCAUAUAUAUAUAGCAGUGAAACUUUCAGUGCGGAAGAGCCAGUCGUGAUUCGUAUUCCUUAGGAUCAUGCCUUUGUUCAGAAGACGCGUGUUGAACGGAUUUUUCUGUUUUGGAACUAUCCUAUACGUACUUGUCGUCUAUUUUGUAUUGAAAAGGAAAAGAAAUGUUUUAGAAGAAACAUUUGAGCAUUUUGAUAAGUUGAACGAAAAGAACAGCAGUGCGGGCACACUACCAAAGAGACCGCCACAGACCAUGCCACCAUUGAAGAAUGGGUUUCAGCUCGUCUUUCCUCAUAUUGAGCCAAAACUUUCUCCCGAAAAUCAAAUCCUUUAUUUAGUUGUAAUGGUGACYAGUUCAGCGAAGGGUGAAGAUCACAGAACUUUGCGAAAAACAAUCCGUCUAACGUGGGGUGAUACAAAACUAUCAGAUAAAAACACCCCAAAGUGGAAGAUGUUCUUCUCUCUGGCCAUCAGUGAUAAGCAACAAGAAAAUGAAGCGAACGAGAAAGAGGCACUCGAAUACAACGAUGUGAUCAUAGGAAACUUUACGGAAAAAUACCAAAACCUUGUAAUGAAAGUAUUUAUGGGUCAUUAUUGGGUUAUCAAUAGAUUGUCAUGCAGGUAUGUUUUGAAGGCUGAUGACGAYGUUUAUGUACGUGUUCCAAGAUUAAUAUCAUGGCUUGUCAAGUCUGGAUCUCCCAAGUCUUUUUACGGAGGACACAUUAGACUAGAUACAUACAAAUUUAUCAUUCGCRAUCCUWGGVAAAAAUGGUACUUGUCGUAUGAAGAGUACAGCGAAACCUUUUAUCCACCAUGGUGCAAUGGCCCUUUUUAUGUGAUAUCUAGUGAGAACAUACCUAAAUAUCUAGAUUAUCUUCACAUUAGAAAUCCAUUCAAGACCGAGGACACAUACACUGCUGUAAUAUCUCAUGAACUCGGUAUCAAUGCCACUUUGAUUCCUGGUUUUAAAUUCAUUUAUUCAAGACACAAAAACGUGACUAUUGAAUUCAAACAUUUUAUAGCUCUUGGCCAUAAUCUGCUGGCCAAAGAUCUAAAACGUUUUCAUGCCUAUUAUACACAAAACUAUACCCUGACACCAGGGUGGACAAAUGUUGUAAACUCUAAGACUCUCAMGUAAUUUGGAAAGCUUAUAGAAAGAAAGAAUAGCAGCUUAAAUUUGUGAAAAUUUUAUUUUGGUGACCGUAAUGGUCUACAAAGGUUUGCGUGAAUUUGAUUUGAUAUUGAAGUUUUUUUAAUUUUUUUCUAUGAUGAAUAUCAACAUAUAUAUCUAUCAAAGUCGCAUUCAGAGUCACGGAAUGUGCACAAAUACUUUUUUUACAAACUCAAAAUGUAAAAUAUUGUUUGUUUGAYAAAACAUUUCUGACUGAAUUCAGGUUUCAAUUAUCCUCUUUAACAGGUUUUUUUCAAUGAGAACUAAGAAUAUUAUGCUAACAUGGCGGGUUUUUUUCGGUAAUUGGAAAGGUUUUUCGAGAGGACUUUAGCGCUGCGGGCUACGUUGAAUGAAGCUAUAAAUUAUCAUGGACAAUUUUCCUUGAAACUCUAAAGGAUUCAAUAAAAGUUCUCUAGAUAAAAUUUUUCAAUGUUUACAAAGUUUUUCAAAGUUUUUCCAUUCUAACAAUCCAGCUUCAAUCUUUGAGGUGGACAGUAAUGCUUACGUUUUAGCUAAUUUGCAUAAAAGUCAGAAAUUAAUAUUCAGGCCACAAGAAAUACUUGCUAGCAAUUUCUGAAACUUAAGGCAACUAGUUAAAUAUUUUAAGAGAUAUCAAGCGCUGAAUUGGYAAGAUUUUCUAAAGAAAUGACCGUGCUGGGCAUAAUGUUGCCAGCCACUGAAUGUUUUCUAUAGUGCAGUUUGAAAUACCGAUAUUUCGAAAUGUAAAAAGGCGUUACAAUAUUCAGGUUUUCUUGACAGUAAUAUAAUUAUAUGAGUGCAGAUUGCUUAUUUUUUGAAUUUGAUAUUUUGCAUGGAUGUAAACAAACUACGUCAUUAAAAGUGAAAAAUUCCCAAUCAAACUCUUCAAAACGUUUACAAAUAAAAGUUAUACAAAAUUUUCACUUGCGUUGUGAU